UCCAUUUCCACAAAACUCCACGGUUCCUGCAAAGGCACAAAAGCUGCUAAAGUUUAUCUUUCUACUUUCUCUCUCUAGGGUUUAUUUGCCUCCUCUCAUAAUGCCUCGCCGUAGCUCUGGUGGAAGAUCUGCACGUCCUGCUCCACGUGCUGCUCCAGCUCGUAAUCCUCCUCAGCCAGUGAAUCAUGCUCCUCCUCCAGUUCCUGCUCAAGCUAGCAGUGGUGGAUCCAUGUUUGGAAGCAUCGGUUCAACCAUAGCCCAAGGAGUGGCUUUUGGGACCGGAAGUGCAGUGGCACACAGGGCUGUGGAUGCUGUUAUGGGUCCUCGCACAAUUCAUCAUGAAACUGUUGCUUCUGAAGCAGCUGCACCAGCACCUGCUGCAAACAAUAUGGGUGGCUCUGAUGCUUGUAGCGUGCAUUCAAAGGCAUUCCAAGAUUGCUUGAAUGGAUACGGCAAUGACAUCAGCAAGUGUCAGUUCUAUAUGGAUAUGUUGGCAGAGUGUAGGAGAAACUCAGGUUCUAUGAUGAGUUCCUAAGUCUGGAAUCUCUGCCUCACAAGUUCUCUGAUGUAUCAUUUGUGUUUCUGAUGUCUGGGGAAUCUUAUGAACUACAAUUGAGUAUUCUUGUCAGUGGACAUUUUACCAUUGAACAUGUUAUUGAUGUUUUUCAAUAAAUAAUGGUAUGAAGAUGCAAACACUGUUCAGACAUACAAUCUUAAUGGAUAUGCAUCUACAAUUUACUUAC